UUAAGAUACGAGAAUGGAGAAUAUGGUGAAGAUUGUGAGUAAAGAAGGGGAGAUUUUUAAGGUGAAUCCUGAGAUUUUAAAGAUAUCAACGUUUUUACAAGUUGAAAUAGAGGAUCAUGAGCCCAAAGAGAAAAUAUUUCUACCUCUGAUAAGAAAAGAUGUUAUUAAAAAGAUCAUACAGUUUUGUCAGCAUUAUCAAGAAGACCCUCUUCAAGAUAUUGAAAAGCCCCUAAGGACUAAUAAUAUCAAAGAGUUGGUUCCACCUUGGUAUGGAAGUUUUGUAGAUAUUAAGUUAGAGGAAAUUUAUGAAUUAAUUCUUGCUGCAGAUUACUUGUGUAUAAGCCCUCUUAACGAAUUGUGCGGUGCAGCAAUCGCAGCACUGAUGAAAGGAAAAAAAAAUGAUUUCACUCAGGAGGAAGAACAACAAAUAGCUGAAGAAAAUAAAUGGGCAGAAGAGGCAAUAUAAACAUCAAAACUUUCUCUGUCUUUCAAUC